AUGCUCCGAAGUCGCCCUACGAGACAGGCUAUUCGUGCCUUUGGCCACGCGAGGGCCCGAACGACGCUGCCCGCGACGCAAAGAACAAAAGCCACUGCUACCACUUCUGCCGCGCCUCAAACUCGCCCGGUGCCCAGCCCUGCCUUCAACUUGGAGCCCGAAUCUCGCCGUCAUGUUCAGCCUCUUGUCAACCGAUCAAAUCCCGAGAUGGAUGAGUCUUUCAUUGGAAAGUCCGGUGGCGAGAUCUUUCACGAGAUGAUGCUCAGACACGAUGUGAAGCAUAUUUUUGGCUACCCCGGAGGUGCUAUCCUUCCUGUCUUUGACGCUAUCUACAACUCGAAACACUUCGAUUUUAUCCUGCCCCGACACGAACAAGGUGCCGGCCACAUGGCACAAGGCUACGCACGAGCCACCGGUAAGCCUGGUGUUGUACUCGUCACAUCAGGCCCAGGAGCGACCAAUGUCAUCACACCCAUGCAAGAUGCUCUCUCAGACGGCACCCCCAUCGUGGUCUUUACUGGACAGGUCGUGACAAGUGCCAUCGGAUCGGACGCGUUCCAAGAGUGUGAUACUGUGGGCAUUAGCAGGAGUGCAUGCAAGUGGAACUGCAUGGUUACAAGCAUCGCUGAGCUACCGCGACGAAUUAACGAGGCUUUCGAGAUUGCUACUAGCGGUCGUCCUGGUCCCGUUCUUAUCGAUCUUCCUAAGGAUAUUACAGCCGGAAUUCUUCGAAAGGCUAUACCGACACAAACUCGCCUGCCCUCUAUCCCAAGCAUGGCUUCUCAAACCGCCAAACAAGUAAUGGAGAAGCAGCUUAACGCCUCCCUCAGUCGUGCUGCUGAUCUUAUCAAGAUAGCCAAGCAGCCUAUCAUUUACGCUGGCCAGGGCAUUAUCCAGUCUGAAGGUGGAACUGAGCUUCUUCGCGAGCUGGCCGACAAGUGCUCUAUCCCUGUUACGACAACCCUCCAGGGUCUUGGCGCAUUUGAUGAGCGUGACGAGAAGUCACUACAAAUGCUGGGUAUGCACGGCAUGGCAUAUGCCAACAUGUCGAUGCAGGAGGCCGACCUGAUUAUUGCCCUUGGCGCGCGCUUUGACGAUCGCGUUGUCCUAAAUACUUCAAAAUUUGCUCCUAAUGCCAAGGCCGCAGCAGCUGAGAAGCGAGGCGGCAUUAUUCAUUUUGAUAUCUUGCCCAAGAACAUCAACAAGGUCAUUCAAGCAACUGAGGCCAUUGAGGGCGAUGUUGCUACUAACCUCAAGAUGCUUAUGCCUAUGCUUACACCCACAAGCAUGGAGCAACGAAGCGGAUGGUUCAACAAGAUUUCUGAAUGGAAGGCCAAGUGGCCCCUGUCCAACUAUGAGCACUCUGACGCUCCGGGAGGCAGCGGUCUCAUUAAGCCUCAGACCCUGAUUGAAGAGCUGAGCGAUCUCACCUCUAAAAUUGACAAGAAGACAAUUAUCUCUACUGGAGUCGGUCAGCAUCAAAUGUGGGUGGCACAGCACUACUCGUGGAGAGAGCCUCGAUCAUUUGUCACAAGUGGUGGACUAGGCACGAUGGGCUUUGGACUGCCAAGUGCGAUCGGAAUUGCGGUAGCGAAGCCAGACGCCCUCGUGAUCGACAUCGACGGCGAUGCGUCCUUCAACAUGACCCUAACAGAGCUCUCCACCGCUGCUCAAUUUAACAUUGGCGUCAAGGUUAUUAUUCUCAACAACGAGGAGCAAGGCAUGGUUACCCAAUGGCAGAACCUGUUUUAUGAGGAUCGCUAUGCACACACCCACCAGAAGAACCCCGACUUUAUCAAGCUAGCCGACGCAAUGGGCGUGCAGGCGAGAAAGGUCACCAAGCCAGAUGACGUUCGGGCUAGCCUCGAGUGGCUCAUCAACACAGACGGCCCAGCUCUUCUUGAGGUUGUUACCGACAAGAAGGUCCCUCUCCUGCCUAUGGUACCAGCAGGCGCUGGUCUCCACGAGUUCUUGGUUUAUGACAAGGAGAAGGACAAGGCUCGACGUCAGCUAAUGCGUGAGCGAACCAGUGGUCUCCACGGUUCUUGA